CCCAAUAUAUCAAACAUGAAACUAGUAAUUUAUACUUCGUAUAUUUUAGAAAUCCUUGUGUAUUUUGACAACUCAUAUUUCAUUAUAAAUAUAUCUGUCGGGACUUCUAUUGGAGUAUCAAUUUCCAUUAUUUCACAUGGUAUCAAGAGCCCAGUCAUCAGACCUAAUUUUCUCUCUUUGUUUCCUUACGAUUACAGUCGCUGCAAUGACCUCUUCCGUGUUUGACUCAUCUGCAGCCAUGACUUCCUCCACCAUGACCUAUUCCGCCGCAACCAAUAUCUCAACAGCACCGGAAGAUACCAAUCCCAAUACCAGUAUUACAAUGCAGUCAUGAUUGUCCUCUUUGUGUUGUCUACUGAUCCACUUUCAGGCGCCACUAGUUCACCACCAGUGCAGCGGCCACCAUCAUCGGCCUUGAUUUCAUGCUUCCCGCCGCCGCAUCAAUUCUUAACGGCCAAACCAUGUUCCCUGUUUUAGUCGUUGCCGCCUCACUUUCCAUGGUAGUCGGCCACAGUGCAGUCCCUGGGCGCUUUUCCUCCUCCUCCGGCGGCUGCAUCUCCAUUCUUUGGCUCUUCUGGCUCACCAAGUGUAGUUCCCCCCCCCCCCCCGGACUAGCUAUGGUUUGGCUCUCCGAUGGAAUAUCUGGCUCAGUCUGGGUCGCAUAUCACCACCGUCUCGCAGAGUGUCACGAUCAAACUGAAGGCGGUAGAAGAUUACCUUACUUGGAGCACUUAAUUAAAAUCAUUCUUGGUCUCUCAAGGUCUUUUUAGAAUGAAACAUCAAUCAAUCAUAGAAAUAUAAAUUAAAUUAAAUGCAAUAUAAAUGUCAAAUGUCAGAGAAUGUACGACAAAAACAGAUGAGUUCUUAAAAGUCCUGUUGGACAAAUAAUUGAAUUUAUAAGAUUAUGAAAUACGUAGUACUUCGUACUUGUUCGUACUUGUUAUUUAGUCUUCGAUCUUCAAUCUUCUUCAUCGUCAGAGUCUUCAGAGUCAUCUUUACGGCGAUUUAUUUCCUCUUGAAUCAUUAGUAGAGAAACAACGAAGGCUUGAUCCACAUUUGGCUGCACGGUCACCUUUAACUUAUCCUCUCCAAAAAAAGACGAUUGCUUCACGCUCUGCAAUAAAAUUAUAUUUAUAUGUCUGAAAUGUGUGAUUUAUAAACAAAAUUUGACGAAAU